AUGGACUUGAAGCGAAAUGGCUACAUUCAGAGGCUCAGCACAGCGGGCACUAGGACCCUGCGCGGCGCCGCGCCCGCCACUUGUGCGAUCUGGGCCCGUACCGCCGCCGCCCGGCUCCUUUCUGACUACGAGCUCCAGGUUCACUGCCUGCCUCACUGUCCUCCGUUCGCCGGGACCCCUGACUUAGAGUCCCAACUGCAUUCGGCAGCCGAUCUCCGCCACCUCUCAGGGGAAGACGCCAAAGUGCGCCCGCCGUUCCAGGGAGGGGACGAAAUCAGCCCCCCGGCAGAGGAGGCCGGCGGCCUGGCAUCCCGUCCAGAUGGCAGGUGGAAGGGCGGGACCCAGGACCAGCCUAUCGAGCCGCCCUCUCCCCGGCCCUCAUCUCCUAGCUGGGAAACGGCCCCGAGUCUGGCUCCGCGCAGCGCGUCGCGUUACAUAAGCGGCUGCGGGCGCGUGGCCGCCUCGGGACCAGGAGCUCCUGGCUUGAUCGAUGAGGUGGAGGUGGUGGCAGGAGAAGGUUGGUGGGUGUCCCUUGAGCUGGCCCCACGCAUGGGCACCUUCAUGGGUGUGUACCUACCAUGCCUGCAGAACAUCUUUGGUGUCAUCCUCUUCCUGAGGCUCACUUGGGUGGUGGGCAUCGCAGGCAUCAUGGAGGCCUUCUGCAUGGUCUUCAUCUGCUGCUCCUGUACAAUGCUCACGGCCAUCUCCAUGAGUGCAAUCGCAACCAAUGGUGUUGUACCUGCUGGCGGCUCCUACUACAUGAUUUCCAGGUCUCUGGGCCCAGAGUUUGGGGGCGCCGUUGGCCUCUGCUUCUACCUGGGCACUACAUUUGCUGGGGCCAUGUACAUCCUGGGCACCAUCGAAAUCCUGCUGGCUUACCUCUUCCCAGCUAUGGCCAUUUUUAAGGCAGAAGAUGCCAGUGGGGAGGCAGCAGCCAUGUUGAACAAUAUGCGUGUGUAUGGCACCUGUGUGCUCACUUGCAUGGCCACUGUGGUAUUUGUGGGCGUCAAGUAUGUCAACAAGUUUGCCCUUGUCUUCCUGGGUUGUGUCAUCCUCUCCAUCCUGGCCAUCUAUGCUGGGGUCAUCAAAUCUGCCUUCGACCCACCCAACUUCCCGAUCUGCCUCCUGGGGAACCGCACACUAUCUCGCCAUGGCUUUGAUGUCUGUGCCAAGCUGGCUUGGGAAGGAAAUGAGACGGUGACCACACGGCUCUGGGGCCUUUUCUGUUCCUCCCGUUUCCUCAACGCCACCUGUGAUGAGUACUUCACCCGAAACAAUGUCACGGAGAUCCAGGGCAUCCCUGGCGCUGCCAGUGGCCUCAUCAAAGAGAACCUCUGGAGCUCCUACCUGACCAAGGGGGUGAUUGUGGAGAGACGUGGGAUGUCCUCGGUGGGCCUGGCAGAUGGCACCCCUGUCGACAUGGACCAUCCUUAUGUCUUCAGCGACAUGACCUCCUACUUCACCCUGCUGGUUGGCAUCUACUUCCCCUCAGUCACAGGGAUCAUGGCUGGUUCUAACCGUUCUGGAGACCUACGGGAUGCCCAGAAGUCAAUUCCCACUGGCACCAUCCUGGCCAUUGCCACCACCUCUGCUGUCUACAUCAGUUCUGUUGUUCUGUUUGGGGCCUGCAUUGAGGGGGUCGUCCUGCGGGACAAGUUUGGCGAAGCUGUGAAUGGCAACCUGGUGGUGGGAACACUGGCCUGGCCAUCCCCUUGGGUCAUUGUCAUCGGAUCCUUCUUCUCCACCUGUGGGGCUGGGCUGCAGAGCCUCACGGGGGCCCCACGCCUGCUGCAGGCCAUCUCCCGGGACGGCAUAGUGCCCUUCCUGCAGGUCUUUGGCCACGGCAAAGCCAACGGAGAGCCAACAUGGGCCUUGCUCCUGACGGCCUGCAUCUGUGAGAUUGGCAUCCUCAUUGCAUCCCUCGACGAAGUUGCCCCCAUCCUCUCUAUGUUCUUCCUGAUGUGCUACAUGUUUGUAAAUCUGGCCUGUGCCGUACAGACACUGCUGAGGACCCCCAACUGGAGGCCACGCUUUCGAUACUACCACUGGGCAGAGAAAGAGUGGGGUGAUGGGAUCCGAGGCCUGUCCCUCAGCGCUGCACGCUACGCCCUCUUACGCCUGGAGGAAGGGCCCCCACAUACCAAGAACUGGAGGCCACAGCUGCUGGUGCUGGUGCGCGUGGACCAAGACCAGAAUGUGGUACAUCCACAGCUGCUCUCACUGACCUCCCAGCUCAAGGCAGGGAAGGGCCUGACCAUUGUGGGCUCUGUCCUUGAGGGCACCUUUCUGGACAACCAUCCCCAGGCCCAGCGGGCAGAGGAGUCCAUCCGGCGCCUGAUGGAGGCAGAGAAGGUGAAAGGCUUCUGCCAGGUAGUGAUUUCCUCCAACCUGCGUGACGGCGUGUCACAUCUGAUCCAGUCCGGGGGCCUCGGGGGGCUGCAGCACAACACCGUGCUGGUUGGCUGGCCCCGCAACUGGCGGCAGAAGGAAGAUCAUCAGACAUGGAGGAACUUCAUUGAGCUGGUCCGGGAAACCACAGCUGGUCACCUGGCCCUACUGGUCACCAAGAACGUUUCCAUGUUCCCUGGGAACCCUGAGCGCUUCUCCGAGGGCAGCAUCGACGUCUGGUGGAUUGUGCAUGACGGAGGCAUGCUCAUGUUGCUGCCUUUCCUGCUGCGACACCACAAGGUCUGGCGGAAGUGCAAGAUGCGCAUCUUCACCGUGGCCCAGAUGGACGACAACAGCAUCCAGAUGAAAAAGGACCUGACUACCUUUCUGUACCAUUUACGUAUCACCGCGGAGGUCGAGGUCGUGGAGAUGAUCCAGAGUAUCACAGAUGAGUCUCGCGGCUCAAUCCGGAGAAAGAAUCCAGCCAACACUCGGCUCCGCCUCAACGUCCCAGAAGAGACCGCUGGUGACAGUGAGGAGAAGCCAGAAGAGGAGGUGCAGCUCAUCCACGACCAGAGCGCUCCCAGCUGCCCCAGCAGCUCUCCGUCCCCGGGGGAGGAGCCUGAGGGGGAGGGCGAGGCCGAUCCUGAGAAGGUGCAUCUCACCUGGACCAAGGACAAGUCGGUGGCAGAGAAGAAUAAGGGCCCCAGUCCCGUCUCCUCGGAGGGCAUCAAGGACUUCUUCAGCAUGAAGCCGGAGUGGGAGAAUUUGAACCAGUCCAACGUGCGGCGCAUGCACACUGCCGUGCGGCUGAACGAGGUCAUCGUGAAGAAAUCCCGGGAUGCCAAGCUGGUGUUGCUCAACAUGCCUGGACCUCCCCGCAACCGCAACGGUGACGAAAAUUACAUGGAGUUCCUCGAGGUCCUCACCGAGCACCUGGACCGGGUGAUGCUGGUCCGCGGCGGCGGCCGCGAGGUCAUCACCAUCUACUCCUGA